AUGAUGCAUUUUAGAAGGAAGUCUGGGUUGUCCAACCACUCAGAUGAAAAACGUCACUCAAAGGUAGAAGUCUCCAAAGAAGAUGCCGAGAGAUUAAAAGUUAGAACUGCAUCUGUGAAUGAUCCGAUCCUAGAUGCCGUGCAAGAGGCUCAACCUUUCGAACAAGCUGCUGAUACAUUCCAUGACAACAUGAACAGACAAUCAUAUUUCUCCAAUGACGGUACCAAUAUCUUGACUGAUGUCUUUGGUCAACCUAUUAGUCAACCAGACAUCUCAAAUCCAACAAGAGCAAGAGAUGAAAGACCUUUAGAUACUAUUAGAAGUUUUGAAUAUGCCGUAUCGGGUGAUCCUUAUUGGUCACAACAAUUAGAGACUCCACAGUAUGGGUUCAACGUUAGACCUGAUUUCCCAUUGGCUCAACCAUUUGAAUCUAAUCCAUACGGUCAACAACAACAACAACAACAGCAACAAGCUAUAUAUCAACCACCUCAAGCUCCUGCUGAUGAUGGUAAAAAAAAGAAGAAGAGGAACUGGUUUGGGAAGAAGAAGAAGAAGAACUAG